GAACAGUGACAUAUUCUUUUGUUUAUUCUUCAAGUUUCUGUCAAUUCAUUUUAUAUAUGAUAUGUGAUCAAUUUUCUUGAGUGGACUUUGCAUCUGUGUGGUAUAUAGUGCAUAGAGAUGGUUGUCAUCUCUCCAAAUAUAUAAAACAGAUCUGAAAAAAGAAAUGGAUGUUCUUUAUACCAUCUUCAUCUCUAUAGCUAUUCUCUUGUUCAUUUGUGUGACUCCUAUAUUAGUUUUAAUAGUAAGGAUCUAUGCUGGCAAGUCAAUCAGAAACCCCAAAUAUGCACCAGUUGAGGGGACUGUGUUCCAUCAGCUUUUAUACUUCAACAGAGUCUAUGAUUAUCAAACAGAAUUGGCUAAAAAGACCCCUACUUUCCGGUUUCUGGCGCCGGAGCAGAGUGAAACAUAUACCACUGAUUCAAGAAAUAUUGAGUACAUUCUUAAGACAAACUUUAGUAAGUACUCUAAAGGCAGGCGAAAUCAAGAGGUUAUAAUGGAUUUGUUUGGUGAAGGGAUUUUCGCAGUGGAUGGUGAGAAAUGGAAGCAGCAGAGAAAGCUUGCAAGUUUUGAGUUCUCAGCUAGAGUAUUGAGAGACUAUAGCUGCAAAGUUUUCAGAAAAGGAGCAGCCAAAUUGGUCAGCAAGGUUUCUGAGUUCUCUCUUGCCAACCAAGUUUUUGAUAUGCAAGAACUGCUAAUGAGAUGCUCCCUGGAAUCAAUAUUCAAAGUUGGCUUUGGAGUUGAUCUGAACUGCCUGGACGGAUCAAGUGGAGAUGAUAACGAAUUCAUCAAGGCCUUUGAUGAUUCAAAUGCAUUGUCAUAUUGGCGUUAUGUCGAUCCAUUCUGGAAGCUUAAGAGAUACUUCAACAUCGGCUCUGAAUUUCUUCUGAAAAAGAACAUCAAGUUCAUUCAAGAAUUCGUUGAUGAAUUGAUUAGAACAAGGCGCAAACAGCUUGAAAUGAAACAAGAUUCUAUGGAUAAGGAGGACAUACUCUCAAGGUUUCUGGUAGAGAGCAAGAAGGAUCCAGAAAAAAUGACUAAUCGGUAUCUCAGAGAUAUUAUACUGAAUUUCAUGCUUGCUGGCAAAGAUAGUACUGCUAACACUCUUUCAUGGUUUUUCUAUGCGCUUUGCAAGAACCCCUUAAUCCAAAUAAAGAUUGUUGAGGAAAUAAGAGAAGUUAUUGAUAAUAACAUGAAGGAUAAUGGAAGUGUGGAUGAUUUUGUAGCAAGUAUUACAGAAGAAGUCCUCGAGAACAUGCAUUAUCUUCAUGCAACAUUGACAGAGACCUUGAGGCUAUACCCUGCUGUCCCAGUGGAUGGCAGGUGUGCGGAUGCAGAUGAUGUUCUUCCUGAUGGAUUUCACAUCAAGAAAGGGGAUGGGGUUUAUUAUAUGUCCUAUGCAAUGGGGAGAAUGCCUUAUGUUUGGGGGGAUGAUGCUGAGGAUUUCCGACCAGAAAGAUGGUUGAAAGAUGGGGUUUUCCAGCCAGAGUCACCAUUCAAAUUCAUAGCAUUUCAUGCUGGUCCAAGAUUAUGUCUAGGUAAAGAUUUUGCUUAUCGGCAAAUGAAGAUAUUAUCAAUGGCUCUUCUCCAUUUCUUCAGGUUCAAAUUAUCCGAUGACACGAAAGAAGUAACUUAUAGAACCAUGUUUACACUCCACAUCAAAGAAGGGCUUCAGGUUCGUGCAGUUCCAAGAAGAGGAUUAUUAGAAGAAUGAAAUACAGAAAGCCACUUUCAAAUUUCAAUGUAUAA